UCUUCGCCCGUUCCAUUUCAUUUAAUAACAAUCCUGGUUCUUGCUCUACCAUCAACAUAUCUCUUGGUGAUUAUCUCUUUAUCUUCGACUUUGAUGACCACUGUGGAAAAUACGUUAGGGUUCUCGUACUGGAAGGAAACUCCACCUGAAAGUUGGGAUCCGUUAGAUUACCACAAACAUUGGGUCACAAGUGGCCAUGCGCCCUCUAAGGGACAAGUGAUAUUGGCAGCCAAAAAACAGCUCGAGUGGCUGAGUAUGCAUGGAAAUCAUCAAGAACGACAGAGAGCCUUAGUGGUAUUAGCCAAGCAUGAAGUUGAUCUCAAGAAGAAUGGACGGAUAUACCAAUUUUGGGGUUCGGAUGUAAUUACAGAGACACAAAUCCGAAUGACCAGGUCGAGAUAUAAAUUGACAGUGGCCAAUGAAGUUACCGAGCAAAUGACUAGCAUAGCACAAACGGCAACCAAAGAUGUUAAAAGGUCCUUUCCAGGCCAUGAAGACGAUAAAGUGAAGCGCGUUCGCUUGAAUGAGGAGGUUUGUAAUUGUCUCUUGCUGUCUUUUGCUGUCCUAAAUGUGAAUAUUAAUUUCACAAUCGAUCCAAGCAUAAUCAGUAAAUGCGACGAUAGUAAAGAAGAAAAUGUUGAAGCACAUAGCAAGCAAAACGAUGCAGUUAGAAAUCUGUUAGAUGAAUCAGAGGAAUGCUCACAUGAGAUGCAGGAAACUUUAGCAAACUUUCAAACGUAUCGAUGUGAAGCAAACAACAUCCUUUCAGAAAACGGAAUAAUGGACCUUAGACCGUCGUCUGAGUUUGUCCUUUUAUAUACCGAAGAAACAAAUUAUGAUAAGAUGAUUCAGGAUAUCUUUAAUCCUGUUGACAAGCUUUUUCCAGAGGAUGCCCACGAGUUUCUAAUUAAUUUCUUUUUGGAGAAAUUGAAUGAAGACCAAUGGGAAUCGAAACUCGAAAGUUUGAUGGAAGCCAAUUGUGGGCAAAACGGUUUUUUUGAAAAGGUUGAAGAGAUUGAUGCUGGAAACGCUACCAAUAUUAAUCCGCUCAAAAAUCGAGACAUGACCGAAGAAGAAUAUAUGAAUACAUUCGUUCAUCCUGUUCUCAAGAAAGCAUACGCUCGAUUCACUCACAUCCCAUAUGUGCCAGGUAGCAAGGCUAUUAAAGCCUCUGCAUAUCGAAAAUCUCUUAUGAACCAGAAGGGAAACGCGGACCGUGCGGACGGCAUCGCAUACACAUCAAACCGUCAAAAUUCGUACGAGAUCGCCGUGGUCGAAGGCAGUAGACCAUAUGUCACCGAUCAAAACAAAGAGACCUCGGAUUUUAUUCAAAAUGCCAGGGCAGGGAAAGACAUUAUCAAUUUUGUCGUGACACAAGAAGUUAUGCUUAAACGAGCCUUGCCAUCCUCCUUUCGAGCAUUCAUGGCGCAGAGUUGUGAACUUCAAUUGCAUUUUUACUUUAUGGACUAUCUUGCACAAUAUCGAAUUUUCGAAAUUGAAACAUGCGAAGUGCCCACGGAUUGGUCUGAAACCAACUUGUUUCCAUCUUUUUAUCAGGCAAUCGUGACAUGGGUGUUGUUGGUCGAGGAAACUGACAAACAGUUCCAAGCAUCUAGAAGCAAAAGCACAACAAAGCUCGGCCAGGAACCAAAAGGGAUAUGA